AGAAGCGUUCCUCGCAUUUUAGCAAAACAACGGGAGUUUCUGUUUAGAAGUCCUCGCAACCCAAACGUUCCUCGUUUAUUGUGAUAAUCAUCGUCAAGAGACAUGUCUACAACAGUCGAUAUUAUUGAUCCUGUUCCAUUUGACAAGGGAAUCGGUGAUGUGAGAUCAGAUGUAAGCCCAAUUAAUUGGAUGGUAGCUGGUCAUGUAAGCAUGAAUCCCAAUGUUCUUGGUUUCCGAGCCUCCGGUUGUGGAGGGCUUGAAGAGAUGGCUACACACCUUAAGGAUGAUGAAGCCAUGUAUGCAUUAGUCCGUCUGCAGGAAAAGGUAGACCUAAGUUCAACUGUAAAGUUUGUCUAUAUCCAUUGGGUUGGAGAGAGUGUUCCUUUUACGAAGAAGGGUCGUUAUGGGGUGGUUCAUGGAAGCAUCAAGGAAAAAAUUGGGCAAUACCACUGUAUUGUGGAGACAAGCAGCAAAGCAGACUUGACGGAGGAAGCAAUAAUGAAGAUUUUGAUGGAGACAAGUGGUACAAAAAGCAUGGUUAUGGAGAAAUCAGAGGCAGCAACAAGAAUGGACCGUGGAUUCACCAGCAGCAGUAACAUCAUCAAGACUGGCAAGCAAGCACGUGGUGUUCAGGUCCCGGAUGCAAUUGCUAUGAUUAUCGGUUCGUCUGUCAUGGAUGCCAUUGCGGAAGUACGGAGUGAUGAGCAUCCAAUUAACUGGUGCGUGGCUGUCUACGAAGGAAAUAACCCAAAGCUGCCCAUAAUCCUUGGCGGGAAGGGUUCCGGUGGAUUACCGGAAAUGGCGUCAUGCAUGAAAGAGGACUACGUAUCGUAUGCCUUAUUACGAGUGACUGACAUAGUCGACCAGAUCUCUACCGUAAAGUUCGUCUUCAUCCAGUGGAUAGGAGAGAGCGUUAAACCCAUGACAAAAGGGAAAAUCAGCACACACAAACCGACCAUGCAGAAGGUCUUCGGUCCUGCCCACGUGAUCAUUUUCGCCACGAGUCACGAGGACAUCGACGAGUCGGUCAUCAUGAGUAAGGUGACGAGUGCCAGCGGCUCCAAGUCAAACGUCAAGACGUUUCCAUGAACUCGUUUCCAUGAACUCGUGGUGUCUCAAGCUGUCACUGUCAUGUAUCGAAUGAACCAGAAUAGGAGUUUUAUUUUGUCAUUUCACAGAGUUAGCUUAUUUCUUUUAGAAUUUCUUGGUUCGAGCCAACUGCAUCCUCGGGGACCCAAUGAUUCGCGGAGAUCGGGCACACAGGGAGCACGCUAGAAAGAGGAGCGCUCCUAAUUCUUUCUCUCGCGCUCCCUGUGUGCCCGAUCUCCGCAAAGCCCUGGGUCCCCAAGGAUUAGCCAACUAAAAUAUCAUUAAUGUUUUGUCCAGGUAUCUCACAAAAGUGGAUUAUUUUCUUAUCAGGUGCAUCAUUUGUUUCUAUUAAUAUUUUAGGUUACGUAGAGCGAACUAAUGUCUCGCUUACAAGUACAGUAAACCUAUCCAAGGGGACUCGUGGUUUCCUGUCCUACCGUUCCAUUCACGAAAGAAAGCCACAGGGCUCCCGAGGAUGAAGUAAGAGAAUAGUGAGAAUGACUUAAAUCCGGGAACCUUGUGUUGUGACCUGUCACAUGUUCAUUAGACCAUGCGCAAGUAAUAUCACUUUGAUAUUUUACUUGAUUUUAACGUUUACUUAGCCACUGUGAUUACUUUACCAGCUAGCAAAUUCGAUUCUAGAGGGAGGUAGAACAAAUACUAUUUGUUAUUAUUGUUAUAAUACCUAAAAUAAUGUAUACAUUGUAACAGAAUAUCAAAUAUAAAGGAAAUUAACAAAAACUGAA